GUCAGAUAAAACGCCAAAGCCGGCGUCUCUCACAGAUCUAAAUCUCAAUCGCCUCUAGUCUCUCUCUAACAACCACCGAAAAGUCUGAUAAGUCUUUUUAUCUAAUCUUUAAGUAUUUUUGUGGGUAAUUGAGGUUCACGGUAUUGGACCAGUAUACAGUGCAAAUCAACCUGAUCACCAUGGAAGAUCCUCAGCAGAAACCACCUGAGGACAAUCCCGAGUCUUCUCAAAACAUUUAUCCAAAACUCAGGGAUAGUUCUGAGAGAAGAGAGUUGCGGAGGCGAUGGACAUCCAGUAAUCCAUACUCGCACUGCGAUACUGAGGCUGAUGAGGAAGAACAAGUAGAAAGACCAAAGACAUCUAAUGAGAUGUUCAUCCCAUUUUGGGUGUCUAUCAUUGUCCUUGGACUAGGAAUGCUUUUAUUCUAUACCGGCACUGUAGCCUUUCAAGCUCUACCAAACAUAAAGUUAAUUGCCGAAGAACAGGACAACCCAGAUGCCUUUAUUGGCGAAAGAGCCCGGAAUAUGCUUCGAGAAUUUGUUAAUAUUGGCCCUAAAGUGGUUGGAAGUGAAGCCAAUGAAGUCCUUGCUGUUGAAUUUCUCCUUAGAGAAAUCGAAAACAUCCAAUCCAUCAGCCACUCGGCUCAUACAAUUGAAGUUGAUGUGAGCAAUCACGAUGGAUCUUUCUUCUUGGGAAGACUACCAUAUUCCUCAGUUGCCUUAUACCACGAGCUUCAAAAUGUAAUUGUAAGAGUUAAACCAAGCACAGGACCCACUCCUGCAGCUACUCUGCUUGUUAACUCACAUUAUGACACAGUGCCCACAAGUCCUGGAGCUUCAGAUGCUGGGAUUAUGGUUGUUGUUAUGUUGGAAACACUGAGAAAAAUCGUACAAAUCCGGACUCCAAUGCGUCAUAAUAUUGUAUUCCUCUUUAAUGGAGCAGAGGAAAUUGGUCUCAAGGCAGCUCAUGGGUUUAUCACCCAGCAUCCCUGGAGGCACAAUGUUACAGCUUUGGUGAAUCUGGAUUCAACCGGAAAUGGCGGAAGGGAGAUUCUAUUUCAAGCUGGUCCAGGGGCACCUUGGUUACUUAAUCUCUACGCUAAAUAUGCAAAGCAUCCCUAUGGAGCUGCAAUGGGCGAGGAAUUGUUCCAGAAUAAUUUCGUUCCUUCAGACACGGAUUUUCGCAUUUUCAGGGACUUUGGAGGGAUUCAAGGCAUGGACAUGGCUUACGCUUACAACGGUUAUGUCUAUCACACAAAGUUCGAUCGUUUCGAAACAAUCCACGAAGGAACAUAUCAACAUACGGGGGAUAACGUUUUGGCUCUGGUUAAAGGAAUGGCAAAUUCUCCUGAAUUAGAUAUAAAUGCGGAUCUUGGAACAGGAUCCGUAAUAUUCUUUGACUUUAUGGGCUGGUUUAUGAUCUCGUACACAGAAGUUGUUGCCAUGAUCAUUAAUAUUCUUAUUGCCAUUCUUCAAUUUGUGAUCAUCGGUUUCUCAAUGUAUUUGAUGGCCAAAAGUGAAGGAGUUCCGUUUAAGAAAGUUUUCAAGGAGCUAAUAAAAGUCCUUAUAGCACAUUUGGUAUCGAUUGUAGUGGGAAUUGGAUUGUGCUUCUUAUUGAUGGUUAUCUACGAUGCUGCAGGAAGACCUCUUAGCUACUAUUCGGAACUUUGGCUUCUCUACGGCAUCUACUUCUCACCAUUCUAUCUAGGUCUAGCUCUUGGACCUAUGCUGUAUUUUACAUUGAAGAAGAAACACCCUCUCACCGUGAGUCACGAAGUACAACUCUUCCUUCAUUCUCACGCCCUACUGCUGAGUGUUCUCCUGAUUAUCACAACAGGGGCAAGGAUAAGGUCAGCGUACAUCAUCUUAGUAGCUUUGAUUUUCUAUUGUGCUUCCAGUGGACUAAGUACAAUCUUCCGGCUUGUUAAUCAUCGACGCCUAGGCUGGAUUUAUUUCCACAUUAUUGGCCUAGUGUUACCCUUUAUAUUCUCUGCCUAUCUUUGCAACGUCGCUUUUACUACAUUUAUCCCAAUGGCUGCAAGAAUUGGUCCGGAUCAGUAUCCAGAUCUUGUUAUUGCAGCCUUUUGUAGCCUUAUAGCUAUCUUUCUGGGAGGAUUUAUUGUGCCUCUCAUUGGACUAUGCACACGCAGAUGGUGGGUUUAUGGUGGUAUCUUCGGACUCUUCAGUGUUGUUGGAAUCAUUCUACUUGCAACCCCUGUUGGGUUCCCUUACAGAGCUGAAACUUCCCCUCAACGCUAUUGGAUAUUCCAUACAAAUAGAGUUUUCUACUCCUUCGGAGACGAUAGCAUUCGAAAAUCGGAUUCUGGCUACAUGCUUCUUCCCAUGGAUCGCAAUUCACAACCAUCCUUUAUACAAAGUUAUGUUCCCGAAAUGGAAAAAGCCUUACCAGUUGAGGAAGAUUGUGCUAAAGAAAUUUUCUGUGGCAUUCCACUAUACAGAUCUUCAAUGACAAGUCAAGCUCAAUUUUCCCAUUGGAUACCAGCCUCAGAGCCGCAUUUAAACACAAGUGUUACUCUAACACGAAUUAUCAACCAAAUUCCUGCAGGAAGAUUGGCAUUCCAAGUAGACGGGCCUAGUCGCAUGGCUAUUUACAUUGCCCCGGCUAAAGGACUCAAAAUAACUAACUGGAGCUUUCACCCUGACAUUCCACAGUGGCGGAUCCCUGGAAUGCCUGAUCGCACGGGAUAUUUUAUUGCUCGCACUGCUGGAAAGACAAAUCGUCCCUAUUCGUUUUGGAUUGAGCUAGAUACCCCAACUGAUUGGCCUGAAAACACCCCGCAAGUGAGCAUUGGCAUAGUAGGCCACUUCACUUACCACGACGAACAAAUAACUCAAGAUUUUAGAAGAUUUUUGGACUCCUUCCCAGACUGGGCGGAAGUUACUCCAUGGAUGGUUGGAUAUCGGGUUUAUGAAUUUUAAAUAAAAUAACUUUUAACGAUGUUUUGGGGCACCAAAGUGAAGAAUUAAAGAGAAUUUUAAUGAAAA